CCGACCUAUUCACCGGCGGCCGAAUUAUAGAGUUUUUCAUACAAAACUAGAGUUACCGCAAACAAAAACUUCCCGGCGCAUGUACGGUUUUAAUUAAAUAAAAAUAAUUGCUUUCACCGUAACCACAGGUUGUAAAAACAAGGAAAUUAUUAUCAACCUAUCAGAUGCAAAUUAUCACGCCACUUAUCUAGUCCCCUGUAUGUAGAGCGAGAGGGGAGAUACGCCGAUCUCGGCCGGCACACUAACCCGAUCGAGCGUAAUAACAGAUUUUCCUUACCUACCUAUCAUCAGCUGUUUGCCGGCCGUGUCAGAUAGUGGCUGUUUUAUCGAGAUAGCGCUGUGAAAAAUGCAUGGAAAUUUGGAUAGCGUCACGUCAUAGUUUGUGUCUAAUCGCGAACCGCCGCCGGUGAGUCAGACGAGUGUUCGGCGCAGGCGCGCAACGGACGCGGCCAAUUACACUUUUUGCGGCAACUAUUUUCUAAAUUCAAAACAGAUCGCGCUUCUGUCUAGAAAACGAAUCGAUUUUUUUCGUCAGUCGUAGUUCAAUUUUCGAAUUUUUUUAGUGCUCCGAAAUAAGUGGCCAGUGUUGUGAAAUGGUGUGAAACAGUUCCGAAUUGUGUUUUGUUUUUUUUUCUAUAAUGGAAAGAAGUGUUUUGGCCGAGACGAGGCACAUUCACUGGGCUUCUGAACUGCAUUCUGAAUACCGCAGCACUUACCGAUGGCACGAGUACAAAGAGCAACAGCAGCAGCAGGGCGUGGUGAAGCAGCCUGCGCCCACGCCGCCCUCCGCCUUGCCUAUAGCCCGGGGACCGAUUGAACCGGCGAUCCCCCGGCGCAAGAAGUACCCGGGUGUGGCGUACAAAACGAACGAGCUGUUCGACCCCGCCCCUGCUGAUGAGAUCCGGCCUCAGCAAACCUCGGCUUUUGAACGAGCCAGGAGCGCUCAAAGAAAUGACGCCGAGCGGGCUGGGCGACGCAGCAAGUCGGAGGGGCCGCGCCAACCGCGCUGGACCGACACUGUCGAGCCCAAGGCGACCACCGCCUUGGGCGAAGUGAUAGCCUCCAAAGAGCCGGAGGUGGUGAGCACGGAGUACCGCAACCAGUACGCCUGGCCAAAGGAGGCCGAGACCGCGCCCAGGAAGAGCAUCUCCAUGGGCGCGCUCAAGAAGGCCGCAGUCGCAGAAGGGUCAGUGGAAGCUGAGCCUCUGAUGAACCAUGUUGACGAGGAACACGACGAUGGACACAAGCGAUACAUCGAAGACUAUCUGUGGAACGGGCAGAAGCCUGGCGUGCAGAGAAAAUCGACGUUCCGUAACGCGCUAUCGGCCCUCAUAUCCAACGGGGAGGAUCGUUCCAAAGAUAAUAGGAAACGUUACAAAAGCGAGUACAAAAAGAAAUUUAGACCGUUCUCUCAAUACGUGUACGAGGCGUCUAAAGGGACAUUUACGAAAUGCAGGGGUAAAGGGAAGUCGAAUGAGGAGGCGAGCGAGAGGAUGUUGGGUGAGAGUCAGCCAGGGGGGGCUGGGGAGAGUCAGGGGGGUGUGGAGGACAGCGCGAGCACGCUGCGGGCGGCGGGGCUGCAGCCGCUGGGACUCGCGCAGGGAGACUCCUGGUACCGGGAAGUGCUGGACCUUCGCAAGCGCGCCGGCGAGUACAAGUAUCGCGGCUGGGGUACCGAACUGGCUCCAGAGCACAUCACUCAACUUUACAAUAAGCAAAUCGAGCUCUGGUACCAAGUGUCCCGCAGAUCCUCGCUGUCGGCACUAUCACUAGCUUCCACCAAUCACAAGGCUCUCCCUCGGGAUGAAAAAGACGGCAAGGAGUCCAAGGGCCACUCCCCGAAGAAGUUCAGGUCGUUCCGAUCGGCGCCGCACCAGUCCAUCCACGCCAAGCUCCAGGAGACGAAGGCUCUAGAGCGCUCUCCUCAUAAGACCUCGCCGCAGAAGCAGAGGAAGAAGCUUCAGGGUCAUAGCUUCGAUGAGGGAGCUACACAGGAAGGUGUCAAGAGUGGCGAGAACGCAGCAUUCCGCUCGCCGCGCCGCCGGCCCCGCUCGGCCGACCCUGCGCCCGCGCACGUCAAGCUCAUGCCCAACGGCCACGAGCCUCACCCGCGGCCCAUCAAGCCUUCCGGUUUGCCGUUGAAUAAAGGGAGUAGUAAUAGAGUUAGGUCGACGUCAAGGGGCGGGCGGUCGCCGUCAGCGCCGGGCAAAACAGGGGCCGGGGCAACCGAGGGGCACUCUGAGGCCAAGGCCGACGCGCCCAGGGGCCGCCGCAGUCGGAGCGUAUCCAAAGUCGGGAUACGAUUGGACGACGAGAUCCCGUCUCACCGCAGCGCGUCCGUCGCCAAGGACCACUUCUUCGACGACUCGCCCGUGGUCAAAUCGCCCCCGGAGCCAACACGAGUCAAGUCGCCCGAGCAAAUGAACAUGCGCUCUCCCGACCCAGUCAACUGGACCGUGCCACUUGACACUGGAAAAACUUUCACCGUCACGCAAAACGUUAAAAGCGAAAUCGCUCCGAUCCACCACCAGCAAAUGUCGCCAAUAAGGUCGCUGAAAAAGAGCGACUCACCAACAAGCCUUAGCAAGCGCACCGAUAAGACGCCCACUACGCCCAUAAGCCUGACUCCUAUCGACGAGACCAAGACUUUAGACAUCAAUAAGAUGAACGGUGUUAAUGGGAUGACCAGCAAUGAGCUGACACCGGAGACUCCGACCCAGGAGCCGAUUAAAGAAAAAGAGGUGAUCAAAAAGUCAACUGAGGCAACACAGAUUGCCCCUGGUGUUGUUGACACCACGGUGGUCAAUGAGACCCCAGCUACCGGAGGUCUCACCGCAUCUGAGGUCUUGGAAAGAGCUCGUACUAGGUUUGAUAAAUUCUGGGGCAAGAAAGAGGAGGACAACGUUUAGUCGAUUAAAUGACAUUGAAACUGUAAAUUGAGAUUUUAACCAUUCAAAAUGUUUCAUAUUACAGAAAAUGUCAAUAGAUGCAUUGGUUACUAAUCUGUACCUAAGAUGUUUGCAUUAAGAAGAUUAACUGCUCAACAUAUUAUCGUGUAGCCUUACAAAGAUGUGUGCCGAUAUCCAGUGAAUUAUAAACUUAAAUAUCUAAUUUGUAAUAUUAUUAUAAUGAAAGAUAUGUUAACGGACUUCGUAAGAAAUGUGACAAAGACUCUUUCAAUGUGUACCUGUUAGGUACAGAAAUAUGAAACAAAAUCCAUAAGAGCUUCAUUUGAUCAGCUUUCAAUCUCUGUCUCAAUUUACAGUGAUCAUUAAAACAAUAAAGUAGGAAAUUUUGAAUUGCAGUGUUAAACUGACAAACGAAAAAAUGAAGAAAAAAAUUGCUUCGCUUAAAAUAACAUCGACUGUAUUACGUAUUUAUUGUUUAAUCGUAAACAAUUACUGUCUAUUAAAUAGGAGUGCGGUGGCUUGUGAUAUCUAGAAUUGACGAAUGACAAUGAGUAGGUUUUGAGUUAACAGUUUUUAUCUUCGCGAUCACAAUAAAAUGCUAAAAGGAAUUUAUUCAGACUCAGUAGAAGUGGUAAUAUUUUCCUCGUAUAAAUUUAAAAAAAGGACCCGUUAUAUUAGUUAAUAAUUUUAUUAGUCUUAAUUUAUUAUUCCAAAAGUAAAUCUCUUAUUCUUUAUAUGUUCACUAUUGCUUACUAAUUUAAUUAUAAUUAUGUGGGAUGAGUAUAACAAUCUAAAUGAUUCAUAAAUUUCUUUAAGUAUUUUAUUAAUUGAAUUUUCUGCUUUCGUUAAGAUAUUUAUUAAUGAUGUUUAAAUAAUAUGUUUUUUUUAUAAUAUAUCCACAGAAGUAAUUUAUUUACAUUCUUGUUUGAUAUUUUAAUUGUAAUUAAAUCUCGAAUCGUUGACUAUAGUAAAAUAUUUUAAUGUAGUUAUUCUAUAAACGUUCAAGUUUUUCGUGAAAUAAUAUUUGUAACUUUUAAUUAAUUUUAAAGGUAUUCUUCUUUUCAUUAGCUUGCCAUGCAACUCUUAGCCCCAACGUAUAUGCAUUUUAUUAUUAACACAAACUCCAUAAUCUCCAAAUAUUAUUAUACUAAUAUUACGUAUUAUGUAUUAUAAAUUGUAAUAUAAUGUGAAACCAGACCGUUUACGUUCAAUAUAUGAAAUAGGAUCGUUUAAUAUGUUAUACGUGUUAAUCCGUAACAAGUAUCGUUAUAGCGUUUUAAUUUAUAAACAAUUAGCAUUGAACAAUGGCAACGUAUACACAACACGAAUAAAAGCCGUCCAUUGUAGUGUUUUUUGGCCGAAGAAAAAUAUUUUUGUUACGGAUUUUUUGUUAGACAAGUGAAAAUAAAAACUUUCCGAACGCACCUUCAUAAAGCCGACCAAUCACCUCGCAGUGUUUUUGACAAACAGUUUUGGCGGUAAACUGAAAUUAUUUGCAUAAAGUUACUGUCGUAUUUUUAUAAACGCUUAAAAUAUGGAAAUAACACGAAAAUCUUGCCGUUUAUGUUUAUCAGAGAGCGAAUUCAACGCGUCAUUAUUUGGCACUUAUUGUCGAAGAAUUAAUAUGGUCGAGAAAAUUUUCGUAUGUUUAAAAAUCAUAAUUGAAGAAAAUGACACCUUGAACACAAUAUGUUUCAAAUGCGCUGAAAGUGUCGAGAGAUAUUACAAUUUUAUUAUGUUCGUGAAGAAAUCUCAGAUGAGAUUUGCCGAACCGCGAAAUGAAUUGAAUAAUUCGCCUAUAAAGCGCCACCAUAUAACUUCGUAUGUGCGCGAGCAAGUCUACGAUGCUGAUUACACAUUCUCGUUUCUCGAAAUACCGAAUGAGGAAAAGAAGGAGAAUAAAACCUCUAGUCCAUUCUUUUCCUAUUUUUCACCGCCUAAUGGACCAUUGAAGAGGUCCACGGGUGAUCCCUCGUGGAAAACACCUCGCCCUCUCUGCAAUAACAUUGAAAAGAAGAACUACAGACAUGUAGAGAGGCAAAGUAAGCCUGAACUGCCACGACAUCGCUCUAGAGACUUGUUUGAAUCGCAAUCUCAGGAAGUAGACGAGGAAUGUAGGUCAUUCGACUGGAAAUUAACUCCAGACGACAACAUUAUAAAGAGAAUCAGAGGUAAAUGUUUCAAACAGUCCGAUUUUUAAUAAAAAAUCACAUUUUAUCUAAAUAGUUGAGAUAAAAUAUGAUUUUGUGAUAAUUGGUGAAUCCAUACUGUGUUAUGUAUGCAAAAUUUAUAAUUGUAAUGAAAAUUUUGUUUAUACCCGUAAAGCAGUCGUACCUUCCUGAAGUUGUAGCGGGAUGGUAGUUGAGGUGACUUGGUACCUUGUAGCAUUACUUUCCUUUACUAUGUUUAAGUAUUAAUAAUUGUCUACAAUAAUAGAAUGUAUGUUUAUACUAUUGGUGUAAGCACAGUCCCCGUAACAGGAAAAUUAGACAAAUUUAAUGCUAAUGAUUGUUAGCAUAAUCCUGUAUGAUUGCAUUAUUUAGAUGCGCUGUGAAUGAGACUACCUUGUGAAUAUAGAAUAAUCCAUAGGAUUGUUUAAUUAUAAAAAAAUUAAGUAAUAUCAAUGUGAUGGUUAAUAUCGGAAUGGUAUAUAGUCUUUAAAACUUUGUUCGACACUAAUACAUUUUUAAUGUUAUUCCUUAUAAUAAUUGUUUAUUAGUCAAAAGUCUUAGUGAAAAUGUGUUCAGUCUAAGCGAGUACCUUGGAACUAAAGUUUUCUAACAGGCUAGCAGUUUUUGAUAUAUUUGUCAUAAGUUCUUACCUGUUACAUAUGUUUGCUGUUUAACAUCAUAGGAAAAAUCAAAACUGUAAAAAAGUUGUGAAUGAAUAAAAAUUUAUGUAUGUGAUCAUUUUAUAACUGAGAACACAUUCAAAAGCAGUUUACACAAUAGAAAAUAUUUAUACAGUUUUAUAAAAUGAUCAGUUACAAUAAAUUAAAUUACUUUUACUGAGUGCUAAUCAAACAAGUACAUUCAAACUGAUUCAUGUUUUAAAAAUAAUAAAGAAAACAUAAGUAACAGGCUGUUAAAAUUUAAACUGUGAAACCUUAACAUUUUCCAAAAAAAUCAAUAGCACAGCUUCCCAUGUCAUUAAAUGCUGUCAAGAGCUGUUUUAACAUUUCUGUAUAAUUAUUUUGUUAUGUUUUGUUAUUUUAAUUUAUUGAAAAGUUUACGAAUAAUUUAUAUAAAAGUUCUUUAGACAGGGUAAUUAGAAAUGAUUUAUAUAGGCUCUAUCCGAUCCUCAUGUCUUUAAUGAUGUAAUUGCAUUUUGUGACGUAGCAUACAAUCAUAAUGGAAAGUGUUAGCUUAAAAUGAGGCAAUAGUGCCUUCCAGAACUAGUAUGCUACGGUGCAGGGACGUAUUCAGAGAUUGACAAAGGGAAACAGACCCACACAAGUCAACCAUUUCAAUCGACCUUUACAGUUUCUUAAUCCAUCCCUGCACAAACACUAGGCAUCUAAUUUGCUCAUAGCAUAAGUCGUAUAAAAUGAUUAGUAAAUGAACAAAUACCCAAGAAGAUCCUGUAAUCAAACUCCAUGUUUAAGUAGAUUGUAUUGAAUAAAAUAUUUUUGUUGUUCCUAAAUUGAUGUCCAAAUACACAUUCAAUUAGUGAUUUUUGUUAGAUUCGAUGUAAAUUGAGUUGUAAUAACUAAUAUUGUAUACAAAUAAUGUGCCAAGUAAUGUCUGUGUAUUUGACUAUUUUGAGCGGCAUUUUUUAAUUUCUUUCGAAAUCUUAAGUAAAUAGUAACACUAUCUAUGGAUGUUGUGUAUAAUCUACAAUAUUCCUACCAUUCAUUUCAGUGUGAUGAGUCGAAAAAUAUUUAUUCGUGUGCAAUAUUAGUUAUAUAAAGAAUAUGAUAAGUUCUACAUCUUUGUUCAGGUUCCGCAAUCCUCAGGACUGUUACCUGAAAUACUAUAGCAGGGAUUUUUCCAAAAAUCCAGCAAUUUUCCCCUUACGUUCAAAUUUUAACACCUUAUUACCUUUACACCUAGAAUAAAUACAGAAUACCAAAAAUCUUUAACCACCCUACUUAGUGGCUUCAGAAGCCAUUCCUGCUUUUUAACAACGAUAGAUCUUUGUCUUUAGUCAGUCAAAAAAAAAACUCAGACUUUUCUUGAAAUCCUAUCGAAUUCAAUAAAAACGAACACAGAUGUAGAACUUAUAUUAUCGAUCUAAAAACCUGUACAAUUUGAUUUGGUAAGUAUUUAAUUAUUGUUUGAAAUCGCAAAUUAUUGUUAAGUUAUGACAAUUUUUUUUGUUCGCACAAAUUCUGGUCCUGGCGGUAGAGGUGCCCUGUCCGAUAGUAAUUGAACCCAUAGUUAAUAUUAACGAAAACGAUUAGCUUUGCUACUGGUUUGUAAAAGCGUGUUAAUUUUCCGUUGUUACAUCAAAAUGGACACCUAAAUAAAAUUUGAAAAUUA